ACUCACUCAUCUUCUCCUGGAUAUCUGAAGCUGACAUCUUGGUUUUACAUUGAUUUAUUUCACACUCAGUUUUCCGUUUAUCUUUUGCCCUGUCCAACACGGAGCUCGCAGAGGAUUUCAAACCGGCAGCGGCUUCUGUGCGUUUCCUCUCCUGUUUGUUCGCCCCCGAGAGGCUCUGAUCUCCGGGCGAUGGCGGCCCUGACAAAGAGAGGCCAUGGCAACUUUCCCCAGAGGAGAGCCGCCCCGUUGCCACGGGGAGUCGGGUGCAGAGAGCCGCCGACACCAGAGACGGGUCCGCGUCUGGCGACAGCGGCGGAGGAACCGGUCCCAGCAAUGGAAAAUUUCACCGUUUCUGGAUUGGGCCAGUCGGAAAACUGGUCCAGGACAGAAAAAAAUCGAGCAUCUUCUUCUGGGGAACUGGAAACUCAGGCUUACAAAAGUGUCAAAGAUUUACUGAAGACGAUGAGGAUUCAUCCAGAAGCCCAGAGGAUUCUGGGUAAUUCCGCAAUUGCUGUUGUAAGUCUGGAGCGCCUGAACUUCCAGCGUGUAUCGUCAUCAUCUCUGCAGCCAGUGGUGUCUCUGGUCCGACUGCCUCUUCAAGCAGAUGUAGUUUCUCUAAACCGUCCUCAACAGAAUGUGUUCAGUCCAACUCAGGAAGACAUUUUGGAAGUCAACGAAGGCCCACCCCAGUCUGAUGAGUGUCAGGUAGAAACCGUGUCCGCAUGCUGGACUGAACCGUACUGCCCUGCAGGUUCACCGUACGGAGAACCAGAGCAAGACUCGGGCUUUGACUGUGAAUCCAACCCUGAUCAGCCUUACAUCCUUCUGGAUUCCGGAUCGGAUGAUGGGAGAAGCGAAACAGAAACCUUCUACUUGGACCCAGACGCGAAGCAAGCUGUGAUGAUGGAACUGGACCCGGAGGCGAACCGGGACCUGUGCCUGCAACUGGAGGACGACCCUGAUGUUAAAUGCGAAGCCGACGUAUUGGAAACGGAGCUCAGUGAAGACGGAGGCACCGACCUGUGUUGCCUGACCAAACCGCAGUCGGAAUCCGGAGCGGGGACUGAACAGACGGAGGAGAGUGAAGAUUUUUGUGCCGUUUGUCUGAACGGCGGAGAGCUGCUGUGCUGUGACCGCUGCCCGAAAGUCUACCACCUGGAUUGUCACGUACCUUCUCUCAUGAGCUUCCCUGUAGGAGACUGGGUGUGUACGCUGUGUAGAACUGACAAGGACCCUGUGGAGAACACACACCCCUGUGAGGCGGUCAGAGUGCCUUACACACUCUCCGACCAGGACCAGAGAAGGUGUGAGAAGCUGUCUCUCAUGCUGUACUGUCACCCCCUCAGCGUUCCCUUCCACGAUCCCGUCAGUCCUCUGGCCCGAAACUACUAUCAGAUCAUCAAGAGGCCCAUUGAUCUGUCAGUGAUCCGAAGGAAACUGGACAAAUGCAACACCCUGCAUUACUUCACAGCAGAGCAGUUUGUCGACGACAUCUUGCUGAUGUUCAAGAACUGCGCUACUUUCAAUUAUCCAGACUCGGAGGUGGCCCAGGCCGGCCGGACCCUGGAGGUGUUUUUCCUCAGCAGCCUGAAGGAGGUUUUCCCAGAGCGGACGUUCCCGUCGGCCAGCCAGGACAGGAUGAACAAAGCUCGCAACCGGUGGCUCAGCAGGAAGAGGAGACAUGUCUUCAGUGGAAGGAAAUUCUACCUAUAGAAUACAUACAUGUCUUCUGUCUUCAUUUAGUUUUCUAACAUAUGUCAGCAAGCUUGAAUAACAACAUAGCUAAAGAUGGAAAAAAAUAUUCACAGAGACUUCUUAUGUUUGGACUGGAAUCACUCAUUUGUCAGCUGUUAUUUAUAGUUUUACAAGAAAAUGUAGUAGACUGUCUUCUCUGCUUAACAGGAAGGUCAGUUUAUGUUACAAAUGAACUAUAUUUUUCUACUUUGGGGGAAAAAUCUGUCCUUUAGACUUUCCAACAAGAUUGGUUCAAUCAGCUGUUAGUCCUGUCUUGAACAACGCCAUGCUUCUCUGUUAUUGUUCACACUUGU